CACUCCUACAUGACCCCCUACUCGUCCAAGUCAGCCAUGAUAUCCAUUGAGGCCAUUAACUUCCUGGUUUCUCUGGGGUUCCAUGUGGGGAGUUUCUCUCGGUCGCUUGCCAUAUGCGGUAGGAGGUUUUACCUGACCAUGUUAAUCUGUGAUGUGGUCCUGGCAAUGCUGCAGGGCAUCAUUGACAUUGUAUUUGGGAUCGGGGUCAACCCCAUGUCACAGAGCUCUCAAAGCAUGCUCUAUAACCCUAUACUGAUGAUGUGCCAGAACAUGAAGGGAAGCCCCGGUCUGAGUGGGAGUGUGGGAGCGGGGUUCCCCAGGGUUUUCCCCAUGUACAACCAGUAUCUCCAACACUACUGCUACAUGGACCCUGAAGAGGCUGUGACAUUGGUGCUUGGGUUCUUUGUAGUGGAGGCACUGUGUGUAGCUGCAUAUUAUGCCUAUAAAACCCACAGUAAGAUAAUGCGCCAUGUCAAACCCAACAUGAUCUGGGACCGGUCACUGCUCAGGCCACCAGAGGAACAUGAUGUGCAGGACUGGAGUACUACUGUGGUCCUAUCAGAGAAGGCUGUCCCUGACCUCAGGACAGAGAACAGUGUUGUCUCCAACGGAGCCGGAAAAGUCUGCAUCUACAGUGAGGAGACCUACAAUGGCAAUGUUUACUAUGACAACACCAAUGGACAUGUGCCUAUGGGGGCAGAGAGCCUGAGGAAGACCCCAUUCACAGGGAGAGGGAACGGGAACCUACCUCCCCUUCACAGGAGGAGACCCAAUGUGAGACCAGCUACACCACUGGUGGGGAUACUGACAGGCAGACAGUAUAAGAAAGUGUUUGACUCCUACCUGGUGAGCUACAAGAGCCUGUGUGCCGAGAUCCAUGACAUCAGCGACCAGAUGCAAAAACUGAGCCGAGAGCUGGACACCCUGGACAUCUGCUAUUUUUUAGCAUUCUCCUCUAUAUCUCAGAGAGUGGCUGAUGAAUACAACCGGCUAAAGGACCUGAAGUGGGUGAGUGAAAACUGCCCCAGGCGGGCAUACCUCAUGUUACUGUACAUCAAGGAUUAA